AUGUCAGACUUGCGCGCGGUGAAGAAAUACGCGGCGCAGCAUGAUCUCUUCAAUCGUCUUCAUUCCAUCGCCGCAGAUGACGCUUUCGUCAAGAGUGUUGCCAACAACUGGUACGGUGGUCGUUUUGAGGUAGUCCCAAAUCAGAGAUGCGGUACAUGGUACUGUGAUCCCGCUACAAGCUCAAAAGUCUACGCAUACUUCAAGUCCACAGAUGGACACAUGUCUCACUGGGACUUCAACUUGAGAAGAUCUAAUUUGUCGUUUGCCAGCUAUGCGGCAGAGCGAGGAGGGUUGAUAUUGGUCGAUUCCACGAGGAAGGGGAAGAGAAUGCCAGACGGUUUGUGCGCUGUAAUCAAUCUGGCCAUAUCACUGCGGGAGAAGCGAGGAGAGGAGUGGGACACCCAGGUAUAUAUGCCGCCUCAGAUAGUACCCGCUACAGAGCGUUCGCAGAUAGAGGCGAGACUUCAAGGGUGGGCAGAGUCCUUGGAGCGCUCGACAUUGCCCCUUCCCAAGCUCAACAAACCCCUUCGGCCAUUCUUCCUCCACCCUUCUACGUCUUCCCCGCCUUUCAUCGCCGACUCUGUCGACUUUACCCCCAUCAUGUGUCUCUCCGCCUCGAGGUGGGUUAACGAAGGGGGCGACAAGAUUCCCUCUGUGACGAGCGUCGGACUGCGGAAAGUGGGAUUCGAGUAUGUACCCGGAGGCGGGGAUGAUGAUGAGCUUUGGGCCCGGGGCCUGAAACCGGCUGUCUUUCACGCGCACCGGGGUGAACUACUCUCGGCAGAGAGAGACGACCUACCCGCUCUGGUUGACAAGAUUGUCGGCUCUAGCAACAGCGAAUCUACCCUCUCUACUCGAUUGGACGAUAUGUCUUUAUCCUCCUCGGCGGAAUUCGUAGGCGUACCAGCCUCUCACUCGCGAUUAGCACUCGACGUCGGAUCCCCAUCUUCCCCUUCAUCCUCUUCAACCUGGAAACGCUCCCAUAUCUCAUAUGUUGCUAUAAUCGAGCUCGACAAGUGUCCCAAGAACAUCAAACACCUCACCACUCUCCAAGACGGGGAACGCUACGUUCUGGCCGUACCUUCAGCCAAAGCAGAUGGCAAGGCGUACUCCACAGCUCUAUCAGAGCUAGUGGCAUUUGCCAAGGAACUGGAGGGCAAACGCGGUAUCGUAAUUGGGUCAGCAACACCUUCGGAUCUAGACGCAGCCGUCAAACAAUGCUCGUCGGACGCUCCAGUCAACCCCUUCUCUGCUGCCCGCAUUCCAUCCCCGAUAGAAUCACGCAAAGCCAUUAUACCCCUCGCCCUUGUGCUUCUCUGUGCUCUGCCUUCUAUUGCCGACUUGCCAGAGCAAACGUCGAUCACAAAGGGUACUAUUGCAGACAGGCUUCACUCGAUGGUCUCACUCUGGCCGGAUGGAAAUCCAGCAAGGGCGGCGUUGAAGAGAGUCAAUGAGUUUCUGAUGGGCGAAGGGAGGCGUUGA